ACAACGUGGAUAUAUAUUGAUGAAACAGCUGAUACUGAUAGUAAUCUGAUCGACAAAACACGAUAUAUCGAUACAAUGUUACAGUUUUGUCAGCGAAGCGAAGCCUUUUAUUAAAGGUGCGACAGCAAAAUAUGAUUUCAAACUAUGGACGCAAAUAUAUAUUGUUUUGAUCUCACAGUUAGCUGUAACUAUGAGCUGACGGAUUAGUCAUGAAGCCUGCAGCACUUCCCAGAAGAGAAGAUGAGAGCUUGGCGUACAAGUAUAUCCUCUCUUCUGCCGCAGCUAUGGUCUCAGAGACGGUUACCUAUCCACUGGACUUGACCAAGACUCGACUACAGAUUCAGGGGGAGAUAAGCCUGGGAGGUACCACGGUGUCAUACUCCAACAGGGGUAUGCUGAAAAUUCUACAUGGAAUAGUUACAGAAGAAGGGUUUUUCAUGCUGUGGCAAGGAGUGACCCCAGCACUUUACAGGCACAUUGUGUACACCGGCUGCAGAAUGACGACAUACGAGUUACUGAGGGACAAUGUUUUCAUGAAGAAUGAAGAUGGUAGCUUUUCGUUAUGGAAGGCUGGCAUAGUGGGGGCAGGUUCCGGAGCGUUUGGCCAGCUGGUUGCCAGUCCCACUGACCUUGUCAAGGUCAACAUGCAGAUGGAGGGGAGACGGAGGUUGGAGGGGAAACCAGCACGAAUUCACAGCUGUUCACACGCAUUCCGCUUGAUCUUGGCCGAGUCUGGAGUUAAGGGCCUUUGGAGGGGCUGGAUACCCAAUGUACAGCGUGCAGCUCUAGUCAACAUGGGAGAUCUGGUUACAUAUGACACUGUCAAACGAAAGCUGCUCAACAACACUCAACUACAGGAUAAUUAUGUUGUUCAUGGUCUUUCAAGUGCCUGUUCUGGUUUGGUGGCGGCCAUUAUGUGUACCCCAGCAGACGUUGUGAAGACCAGGGUAAUGAAUCAGCCUCUGAAGGACGGCAAGCCGAUGGUUUACAAAGGAUCAGUGGACUGUUUUCUCAAGACAUUGAAUCAGGAGGGUUUCUUUGCACUCUACAAGGGCCUAUUUCCCACUUAUUGUAGAAUGGCACCAUGGUCUUUGACAUUUUGGAUUGUGUACGAAAAAUUAAGGAAGUUGACAGGGCAUUCCUCAUUCUAAGUCAGUUUGUGCCAAAGGAACUUCCCUUGUGCCAUAUUGUUAAAAGUUACUUCCCAUUGUAUUUCCUGGUUCUUAACUCUAAAACAAGUUUUGUAUUAAGAUGCAUUUUUUGACAAUCGUGAAUUGUAAGAGUAUUUUCAGUAUGAGGAUUCUAUUUGUGAUACUUGUACCUCAUUAACGUUUUUGUGUCAGUGAUUGCUGUGGUUGUAUUAUUAUCCCUUGCCAUAGGCGGAGGGAUAUUGUUUUGGCGUUGUCCGUCCGUCCGUCUUUCAGUCCGUCUUGCCGUCCGUCUGUCCAGCACUUUUGUGUCCAGAGCCAUAUCGUGGAAGUUCUUUGGAGGAUUUCAAUGAAACUUGGUAUGAGAAUAUAUAUAAAUGGAUAAGAGGAUGAUGCACGCCUAAUGGCAUUGUACACCAUAGCUCAGUGGAUAAGGCGCUUGCUGAAAUCCAGAGGUCUCGGGUUCGAUCCCGGGUCGGGGCACAUACAUGCCAGUCAUGUUUCAGCGGAAUGCUGACUUCUGACUGACAAAUAAAGGCUUAGCUCGGCAUUAAGACGUGUUUGUUUGUUUUGUUUUUUGUUAAUAACAGAGUUAUGGUCCUUUGUAUCUUGGAAAAAUACUUUUUUGUGUCCGGAGCCAUAUCUUGGAAGUGCUUUGGCGGAUUUCAUUGAAACUUGGUAUGAGUAUAUAUAUGGAUAAGAGAAUGAUGCACGCCAAAUGGCAUUGUACACCAUUGGAUAAUAAAGAAGUUAUGGCCCUUUGUAUCUUGAAAAAAUGCUUUUUUGAGUGUCAAAUAUAACGCUUUUGUGUCCAGAAGCAUAUUGGCGAGGGAUAUCAAUUCAACGUAUUUGCUUGUUUUUAUCAUGUUUUUUUUUAUUUCAUGAAUUUAUAUUGCUCAUUAGUUUGAUUUAUAAUGUAUUCAGCGUGUGUACUAUACUUUAAUAUACUAUGUAAAUAAUUGAAUGUAAAUAAUACUACAUAAUGUGAUUAAAUAAUAAUUGUUUCUUAAGAGUUUUUAUGCCCCAGGGUGGCAUAUAGCAGUUGAACUGUCCGUCAGUCUGUUCGUCUGUCUGUCUGUCUGUCCCUCGAAAACUUUAACGUUUGUCAUAACUUUUGCAAUAUUGAAGAUAGCAACUUGAUAUUUGGCAUUCAUGUGUAUCUCAUGAAGCUGCACAUUUUGAGUGGUGAAAGGUCAAGGUCAUCCUUCAAGGUCAAAAGUAAAAAAAAAUCCAAGGGAAGUAAUAAUUUCUAAACCUGCCAAAUGAUAUAUUGAAAUUUUAUUUCAAAGAGUCGCAUAAGAGGGCAUUGUGUUUCUGACAAACACAUCUAUUGUUUGUAUAUUUAUUGGAGAAUACAUACUCGGAAGAUAGUCACAUUUUUAGAUUUGUUGGUAUUUACGUACAUUCCUCAUUGUUUUGGCAUAAUGUACAGGUAUUAAGUCUUUUUCCAUGAAACAAAGAAAAAAAUCUUAAAUAGAAUUGGGAUUAAAGUUGUGUAUGAAUUGUUAGCCUAUAAGAUUAUAAUUACAA